UGGAUAGUCGAGGUCUCACUCUACAUCUAGAGAAGUGUCCCACUGGGGACAAGAUCUGAAGCCAUGGUGCUGCAACUGUUUCCUCAGUUCUCCUCCUUCGUCUCUUCGCCAAUCUCUUCUACUUCCCUGCCAUGGAGGAGAGGUAAACCCGAGAGCGUUCCCUGCAAUUUGAGUGCUCUGAUGGUUUGGAGGAAUGAUCGGAGGAUGAGGAGGCGGGCACACUCGAUCGUGGUGAUGUCGACAUCUAAUUCAGCAGUCUACAAGAUGAAUCUAAACGAGUACAUGGUGACGCUUGAGAAGCCGCUCGGGAUUCGUUUUGCGCUAUCACUUGACGGCAAAAUCUUUGUCCACUCUCUCAGGAAAGGGGGAAAUGCGGAAAGAUCUAAAAUAAUCAUGGUGGGCGAUACAUUAAAGAAAGCAAGUGAUGAGCCAGGUGGUGGAUUCAUUGACAUCAAGGAUUUAAGUGAUGCAGAUAAAAUGCUGGAGAGAAUUGGGGUAUCACAAAGCUUGGUACUUGAAAGGCCAUUUUCGCCCUAUCCGGUCCAGCAAUUAUAUUUGAAUAGUGAUUGGCAUAUCCUAUUUAAUAGAGGCAAGGUUUCUUUUGCUUCUUGGAAUGGAACUUUGCUGGCUUCAAAUUUGCAGUCUUCUAGCAGACAGUCAAAUUCAGGAUUUGCUAUAUUUUCUCCUAAAUUUUUAAAUCGUCAUGGAUGGCUGCUUUGGCGAUCACACGACAAGAAUGAUGGUUUUGAUUCUAAAGGAACAAUUAAUACAAAAGAGAUUGGUGAAAUUAUUGGUAUCAGUUCUGACGAAAACAAUGGAAAUAUUGAAUGGGGCUAUGGAAGUUUUCCUCUAGAAGAAUAUUUGAAGGCACUUGAACGAUCUAAAGGAGAGUUGUAUUAUAACCAUUCCCUUGGAAUGCAAUAUAGCAAGAUUACUGAGCAGAUAUACGUUGGAUCAUGCAUACAAUCAGAAAGUGAUGUGCAUAAAUUAUCAAAUAUGGGGAUCACUGCUGUUCUGAACUUUCAAAGCGAAAGUGAGCGGGCAAAUUGGGGGAUUAAUUCACGAGCUAUUAAUGAGUCCUGCUGCAGCUUAAAUAUUUUAAUGGUGAACUAUUCUAUUAGGGACAUGGAUCCUGUAGACCUGAGAAAGAAGCUGCCUUUCUCCGUUGGGCUUCUAUUUCGGCUUCUAAGGAAGAAUCAUCGUAUAUUUGUGACUUGCACAACUGGAUUCGAUCGAUCCCCUGCGUGUGUUAUUGCCUACUUACACUGGAUUCAGGACACCGCCCUUAGUGCGGCCCACAAUUUUGUUAGUGGCUUGCACUCUUGUAGACCUGAUAGACCAACUAUUGUUUGGGUCACAUGGGACCUUAUAGCCAUGGCAGAAAAUGGAAAAAUUGAUGGACCUCCAACUCAUGUUGUGAAUUUCGUGUGGAGCAAUGGAUGUAGGGAGGGCGAAGAGGUACGCUUGAUUGGUGACUUCACAGGCAAUUGGAAGGAAUCCAUAAAGGCAAUUCACAAGGGAGGUUCAAGAUAUGAAGCUGAAGUUAGACUUCGGCAUGGAAAGUAUAACUAUAAAUUCAUUGUUGGGGGACAAUGGAAGCACUCUACAUCAUUGCCCACUGAGAGGGAUGAACAUGGCAAUGUUAACAAUGUUAUCCGAGUUGGUGAUGUUGCUAGAAUUAGGCCUAGUCCCAAUGAACUACAGAUAAAGGAUCCAUUAGUUGUGAAGGUAAUUGAGCGACAACUGACGGAGGAUGAGCGUUUCAUAUUAGCCUUUGCUGCAAGGCGUAUUGCUUUUGCAAUUUGCCCAAUCAAGCUUGCUCCCAAGUAGAGAAUCCUAAUUUCCACUGCUGCUGCUGUCCUUUAUGUUCAGGAU